AUGUCUUACACCGGCAACAACAACGACUCCAGCUACGGCGACAACAACUACGGCGGCUCUAGCAACGCCUAUGGGUCCAGCCGCCGGGACAACGAUAACACCGACUCCUACGGUUCAUCUCGUCGAGACAACGACAAUGACAACUCAUAUGGCUCGUCCCGUCGCGGCGACAACGAUUCAUAUGGAUCCAGCCGCCGUGACAACGACAACAGCUACGGGUCUUCUAACACCUAUGGAUCCAGCGACAACUCAUACGGCUCAAGCAACAACCGCCGGGACAACGACAGCUCCUUCGGUUCUAGCAACAAGAAAGACAGCUUCGGCUCCCGCAAGGACAACAAUACCUCGUACGGGUCUAGCAACAACAACACCAGCACCUACGGGUCAUCAAACACCGAUUCCUUCGGCUCCAGCAACAAGAUCGGUUCGUCGCGAGACGACGACAACAGCUAUGGUUCUUCCAACCGCCGCGACAAUGAUAGCUACGGAUCCUCUAACCGUCGCGACAAUGAUACCUCCAAUUCAUACGGCUCCUCCCGGAACGAUAAUGACUCGUACGGGUCCCGCAACAACACGAGCUCUAACACUUACGGCUCGAGCGAUAACUCGUAUGGUAACUCCUCGUCUUACGGCUCUGGCAACAAAAGCUCGGGAGGAUAUGAUAACGACAAUGAUAACUCAGGUCGUAAGGGGGAUAGUCUUGCCGGUAAGGUGUUGGAGAAGGUUGGCUCGGCUUUCAACAGCGACCGCAUAGAAGAGAAGGGCCGUGAGAAGCGCCAUGGCGCGGGUGGAUUUGGUGACAACAGCAACGACUUCUAA